ACCUGUUUCUUAUUCAUUUCUGUCUCGUGAUUUAAGGAGCUUCAAUUUUCAGUUACCAGUGGCAAUUCAGAAUAUUGCACUUCUUUACCUUAUUACGCCGAAAACGCUCGUCGUAGACUGGAAUUGAGUUCUCAUCUAGAUAAUCUCGACAUGUUCUGUGGCACGAUGAACAACCAUAAUUAGAAUAAAACCACCGAAAAUACGCAUUGAGUUUCGAAGUUUCCAUUUUCAUGAAUAGUUUGCGAUUGUAUCGAAUGAUGAUCACCCGAGGUGGUGGAUUCAAGAAGCAGGAUGCUGCCACAACUCGAAUACCAAUAUCUAAAGAAUUCGACUCAUGUAAAUGGUUUCACCGGUUCUCGGCAAAACGACGAAUUUUCGCCGUCUCUAUUGGCAUCGAUCAUAGGUCAGAUCUAAAUAUAUGUCACUGAUGGCUUCAUGAUACCGCUGCCAUCAAAGAUCCACAUUCGUAAUUGGCCGUUGGUGUUGCCGAUGAUAAUUGAUCCAUCGGAGCUGGGUCGGGACGGAACCGCACAAUUCGGAGGGCGAAGUUAAUCCGUCUCCACUCUUUCGGCCGUCUCUCACACCGGAGCUCAAUACUAGUCAAGCCGUCUUUUGUUAUAGAGCCGAGACUGUAGCCAUCAUAGCUUCGGUGUAUUCGGGCACCGGCCACUGAUCUGCUUUAUAAUAGACACAAUCUCAUCGCAAUGAUUGCAGAUCGUGAUGGCUGGCUUUUUCGUAGGAAAUUACUAUAUAACAGGUUUGAUAGAUCACCCUCUUUAGAUAUUUCAUUCAUCAGUUUAUACUAUUAUAACCAGUAUCUCAUCAUUUCAUUACUGCUUCAUCCUCUGCAUCAGAAGUAGGCAACUUAAAACAUAUCAAAAUGUCACGAACGAUUCUCAUAUCUGGGGCAACCGGAAAACAAGGCGGUGCUGUUCUUGACCGACUCGUCAAGCAGAAUGCCGAUGUGGAGAUUCUCGCUGUCAGCAGAAACCCCAAUUCUCCUUCAGCCCAGAAGCUCCUCAAGAAAUCAUCCAACAUCAAGCUUGUACAAGGAGACUUAUCUGACGCCACCACAAUCUUCAAAAAUGCUGGUGAAGUUACAAAACAACCUAUCUGGGGAGUUUUCAGUGUUCAGUCCCCUAUGGGUCAAGGAGAUGGCGCUGAAGUAGCCCAAGGAAAGGGUCUUGUCGAUGCUGCAUUGGAUGCUGGGGUCAAGUUCUUUGUCUACACUUCAGUUGACCGACACGGCGAAGACUCUCUGCACAAUCCAACUCAAGUUCCUCACUUUAUUACAAAGCACGAGAUUGAGAAGCACUUGAUUUCCCGUACCACUGGUACUGAUAUGCAAUGGUUCAUCAUUCGACCUGUGGCCUUCAUGGAGAACUUGACGGACAAUUUCCUAGGAAGGUCCUUCGUCACAGCAUGGAAGCUGGUUGUCAAGAAUAAACCUCUUCAACUCGUCACAGUGACCGAUGUGGGCGUCGCUGGCGCACAAGCUUUCCUUGAGCCUGAGAAAUACGCGGGUCGCGCCGUGUCACUUGCAGGUGACGAACUGACGCUCGAGGAAUUUGAAAGAAUCUUCAAGGAGAAGACGGGCCGCGAUCUUCCAUACACCUAUAGUCUUGUUGUUUACCCAAUAAUGGCGAUGGUCAAGGAGUUGGGUUAUAUGUUCAAGUGGUUCAAGGACCAGGGUUUCGGUGCGAAUUUGAAGGCGUUAAGAAAGGAGUACCCCGAGUUGAUGACAUUCGGAACUUGGCUUGAGACAGAAAGCGACUUUGCUCGCAAAUAGUUGAGAUGGUUGUCAGGGUGGUCUGUCUGAGUCCCGUUUCUUUGCAUAUUAUGAGGCUGAAGAUACAGUCGUAAUUGUCAUUAGGGUUGUAAUAAUAGUGGUGUUAAUCUUCGAGGUCUUAUCCGAUGAUCUUGAGAAUGUGAUAUCCAGGAUAUCUGUCUACCAGCACCCUCAAGAGCAUGAACUCUGUUGACAGGAAUAUAGACGCUGCGUAGCGAGUAAUGGAAUAUCUAGUGGCGUCUCUUGUAAGUUGACCUAG